AUGGGGAAUAACAGCAGCUCCACAGUGGACGAUUUGCAGACUAUUGAGAUCCACCACUGGUACAAAAAAUUCAUGACGGAAUGCCCUUCUGGACAGCUGACUGAACAUGAAUUUAAACAGUUCUUUGGGCUUCGAGGGCUGGAUCCAGAGGCCAAUGAGUACAUUGAGCAGAUGUUCCGCACAUUUGAUAUGAAUAAGGAUGGAUACAUUGACUUCAUGGAAUAUGUGGCUGCCCUCAGCCUUGUUCUCCGUGGGAAGAUGGAACAGAAAUUGCGGUGGUAUUUCAAACUCUAUGAUGUAGAUGGCAAUGGCUGCAUUGAUCGUCAUGAAUUACUCAACAUCAUUAAGGCUAUUCGAGCUAUUAAUGGUGGUGAGCAUGAAACAAGUGCAGAAGAGUUCACCAAUCGAGUUUUUAAUAAAAUUGAUGUGAAUGGAGACGGUGAACUUUCACUGGAUGAAUUUGUGGAAGGAGCCAGGAAAGAUGAGGAGUUCAUGGAGGUUAUGAUGAAAAGUCUGGACCUGUCUCAUAUUGUGGCCAUGAUCAACAACCGGCGGCACAGCGUAUAA